CGGGUCCGGCAGGGCGGGGACCGGGGGUGGCGGGGCUGGGGACACGGGGCUGGGGGGUGUCCCUGCCCCCCGGGUCACGCGUGGGGCGGGCACCGCGGAUCGGGGAGCCCCGGCGCCCCCUCACGCCGGGGUCCGGCAGCAGGAGCCCCAGGCGAGGCAUGGAGCCCGCUCCCCAGAGCGCGCAGGACACCGCGAGCGUGGCGGACGCUGCUGCCGAGUUCCUGAGCCUCAUCGGGCUGAAGGAGCUGGAGUGGUGCCUGUUUGCCGAGACGCUGGCAGUGGUGGCCGCGGGGGCCCCACCAAGGCACAAGGCAGAGGGCCAGUGGUGGAUGGCAGCCCAGUGGGCACCCUACCAUCGGGAAGGGGAGCCGGGGCAGAGCUGCAUCCUGGUGCAGACCAGGUUCCGAGGCAAGCAGGAUGGUGUGCCUGCCUCCAGCACCCUCAAAGCCUAUGUGACCUGGCAGCUGGAGACGCUGGAGCAGGAGGAGCAGGAGUGCCUGGAGGUGACUGAUAUGGUGGUGGCAUGUCCCCUUCCCUGUGUCCUACCUGCUGCCCUGGGCUGUGCCCUGCACUGGUGCCCUGCUGGGGGCUGUCCCCUGUGGGUAGUCUGGCAUCCCUUGCCAUGCUCAGACUCCAGCUCUGCCCACCAGCCCGGUCCCCAUCCCCUGCUCUGGGUGGCAGCUGGGGUGGGGAGUUUCCCACAAUGCAUCUGGAAUGGUACCCCGACUGGCAGCGCUGCUGGGGCUGCCAGCUCACAGGAGGGCGCCCUGGCUCUACCCUCCCCCCCGUGCCUCCCACCCCUCCCGCAGCUCAGACCACACCCCACCGAGAAGACGACGCACAUUGUGAGCCACGAGCACGGGAUGACGGUCACCAAGACCCUGCAGCAGGGAGAGGCGGAGCCGCAGUGCCACAGCUUCUCGUACGGCCGGGCCAGGCUGCGGGCGCGGCUGCUGGAGGGGGCCAGCCUGCUGCUGCUGCGGGUGCUGGCACGCCGGCAGACCGUGCCCCCCGGCCUUGUCUUGCCAGCCAUCGACAGCGAGGGCCACCUCUGCACCUCCCGCUAUUGUGCCCUGGGCAUCCAGCGGCAGGCGCUGGGCUCGGCAGAGACAGAGGUGUUUGUGAUCCAGCGGGUCCUGCACGGCAGCACGGGCGCUCCCACCGUGUGGCACAGCAGCUUCCUGCCCAACGGGCGUCUGGCUCAGAUGGUGCAGAUUGGCUCCCCGGUGCUGAUGAUUCUACAGGAUGAGUCCAUCCUCAGCAAGUCAGGUAGGUUUGAGCCCCAGCUCCCCUUCCCCAAAGAGCCCCUGGACUGGGAGGAGGACAAGGAGCUCUACUCCUAUUUCCUGGACAGGAAGGAUGAGCUGCAACUCUCCCAUGCUGCCUACCUCCAGCAGCACCCCGAGGUGCGGGCACUGCUGUCUGACUUCCUCCAGGCAUUGCUCCUCCAGCAGCCACACGACACCAUCUCCUUUGCUGCGGAAUUCUUCGCCCACCAGCGGCCCAUUGGGACCCCCUUUGCCUCCAUGGGGGCUGCCAGCCCCCUCCCCAACUCCCCAGCUGGCCACCCUCCAGCCAACAGCAAAUAA